AUGCUGCGCUCGUUGGCUGCUUCCAGCUCGGCAGUGCGCCUUGCCCCUCGCGGCAGCGCUGCUACUCGUCUGCCGUCCACUUCUGCUUCGUUCGCCACCUCUGCUUCGCGUCGCCAGGCCACCCCUGCACCUGCUCCACCCAAGAUGGUUAAGCUCACCAUCAACGGCAAAGAGAUCGAAGUUGAGCAGGGUACCGCCCUUAUCCAGGCUUGCGAGAAGGCCGGCGCUCAGAUCCCGCGCUUCUGCUACCACGAGCGCCUCAUGGUUGCCGGUAACUGUCGAAUGUGCCUCGUCGAGUCCAAGGGUGCCCCCAAGCCUCUUGCCUCCUGUGCAUUCCCAGCCAUGCCCGGUCAGCAGAUCUUCACCGACACUCCCCUCGUUGCCAAGGCUCGUGAGGGUGUGAUGGAGUUCCUGCUCGCCAACCACCCGUUGGACUGUCCCAUUUGCGAUUGGGGUGGAGAGUGCGAUCUUCAGGACCAGUCGAUGCGAUACGGUUCCGACCGAUCGCGUUUCCACGAGAUUAAGGGCAAGCGUGCCGUCGAAGACAAGAACCUCGGCCCUCUUGUCAAGACCGUCAUGACUCGUUGCAUUCAGUGCACCCGAUGCGUCCGUUACGCCAACGACGUUGCCGGUGUCCAGGAGAUGGGAACCACGGGCCGUGGCAACGACCUCCAGAUCGGCAUGUACAUCGAGAAGACGAUGAACUCCGAAAUUUCGGGCAACAUUAUCGACCUGUGCCCCGUCGGUGCGCUCACUUCAAAGCCCUACGCCUUCCACGCCCGUCCCUGGGAGCUCAAGAAGACCGAGUCGGUCGAUGUUCUGGACGCCGUUGGAUCCAACAUCCGCGUCGACUCGCGCGGUGUCCAGGUGAUGCGCAUCCUUCCCCGCACCAACGACGAUGUCAACGAGGAGUGGAUCAACGACAAGACCCGAUUUGCCAACGAUGGUCUCAAAUACCAGCGUCUCACCACGCCUCUCAUCAAGCAGGGUGACCGCUUCGUGCCCGCCUCGUGGCCCGAGGCGCUCGCCACCAUCGCUGAGGGUCUCGCCUCGUCGGGCGCCAAGGGUGACGAGAUCAAGGCUGUCGCCGGCUCGCUCGCCGACGUCGAGUCGAUGGUCGUCCUCAAGGAUCUGAUUAACAAGCUCGGCUCGGACAACCUCGCCACCGACCAGGUCAACGGUGACCAGGCUCCCAUCUACGGUUCCGACUUCCGAUCCAACUACACCUUCAACACCACCAUCCCCGGUAUCGAGGAGGCUGAUGUGCUGUUGCUCGUGGGCACCAACCCCCGUCACGAGGCAGCCAUCGUCAACACGCGCAUCCGCAAGGCAUACCUCCAUCGCGAGCUCGAUGUCGGCCUGAUCGGCGAGAAGGUUGAUCUCACCUACGACUACGACCACGUCGGUACCGAUGCCAAGGCGGUGCAGGAUCUGCUCGCCGGCAAGGGCGCCUUCGCCAAGAAGUUCAAGCAAGCCAAGAGGCCCAUGAUCGUGGUCGGAAGCGCCGUCGCCGAGCACCCUGAUGGCCAGGCGAUCCUCGGCAACCUGGCCGAGCUGGUCAAGGCUAACAAGGGCAAGCUGCUCAACGGCGAAUGGAACGGCUACAACGUGCUCCAGCGUCAGGCGUCGCGCACCGGUGCGCUCGACAUCGGAUUCACCCCCUCGCCCGCUGCGGCGAAGACGACGCCCAAGUUCAUCUACCUGCUCAACGCCGACGACAUUGCACCCGAGACGAUCCCGCGCGAUGCAUUCGUAGUCUACCAGGGCCACCACGGUGAUGUGGGUGCGCAAUUUGCCGACGUCUGCUUGCCUGGAUCGGCGUACACGGAGAAGGCCACGACAUAUGUCAACACCGAGGGACGUACACAAGUGACACGAGCGGCGGUGCCGCCACCAGGUGCAGCGCGCGAGGACUGGAAGAUUGUCCGUGCGCUUUCCGAGGUGAUGGGCGCGACGGUGCCGUACAACGACAUCCUGGAUGUACGAGACCGCAUGUUUGAGAUUUCACCUACGCUGGUUCGAUACGAGGUAGCAGAGCCAUCGACGACAUCGGCGCCAUUGGCGGUGGAAGAGCUCGCCAAGCUGGCCAAGUCGAAGGUGUCGGGUGCACCUUUGUUGAGGCCCAUCCAGAACUUCUACCAGACUGACGCCAUUUCGCGCGCAUCACCAACCAUGGCCAAGUGCACUGCCGCGUUUGUCGAGGGACUGCCAAUGGACAAGGUGGACGGCAAGGCUUCACUAGCUGCCUUCAACUAA